AUGAAUUUUUUGACUCAAAAAGUCCGUACCAUCACUUUGCUAUCAAGGAUCCCACAGUCUAUCAUUUACGAACAUCGGCAUAUUCCGGAAAAGACUCCCGAACAUCACAACAAUCCUGUGGUGGAAAAGCUUCUCAAGGAAGACCUGUGCGGGUAUCCACCGUAUCAAGCUCGCAAAAUCCGUCCCGGGUUCCAAGAUGCUAUCAUGAUUCGUGAUUACAAGCGGAGGCAGAUAGCAGCUCACUUCUCCGAUCUACGCAUACGUUUGAAUGCAUUGCGCAAGAACACCAUUCUUCCAAAUGAGAUACGGGAUUUAGCCAGUCUCCAGAUUGCGUCUUUACCCCGAGACAGCCACUGGACUCGCAUUCUCAGUCGUUGUGUUGUGACUUCACGACGAAGAGGAUGUAAAACGCGUUGGAAAGUAUCACGUAUUAUUUGGCGUAAGUAUGCCGAUUACAAUCAUAUGUCUGGAGUACUGUGGGCAGCCUGGAGUUCUACUUGCCGUAGCACUCGUCGUCAUAUGUGUUGGCCACCGGCCAAAGGCAUCUCUGUGAAUGACUAUAUCUUCAAGUAUCAUAAUAAUCUGGCUGACUAA